GUCUCAUUGGCCGCGCCCAGAGGCGGCCCUGUCAACCCAACCAUGUCCAUUCUUUCCGCCUUACUAAAUCUCUCCCCCAAGCUGAUCCCGACCCGUCACCUCUACACUACUCACACAACUCCUCCAACGAGAGAGACUCUUCUUUUUCCAUCCUCUCCGUCUGGUGUCGACCUCGCCCCGAAAGGUCAUUCUUCACCAUCGACUCCCUUCCUUUUCCUCUUCUUCCAUCCUCUUCGCCACCGCUUAUUCUCCCCCUCCCACAGCCUUGGCUGGGUAGGAAUUGGUCUAUUCUCCUUCCUUCCAGUCUCCCAUCAUAUUCCCCAUCGCCGCGCAUCGCAGAAGGGGGAAAAAAAAAAGUACCAUCCUCGUUCGCGAUACUUCCCGGCGCAUCAUCCAUCGCCCUUCGAUAUAUCCUCCGACCGUCCUUUCGACGACCGACCGCCCGCUCUUCCAUGUCUCUCUCUAUUUAAUCUCGUACUUGUUCCCUCUGACCUCAACGCACGCGUCAGACGCGCCCCCUUUGUCCGGCACCACACACAGUCGCGUGCCUUACCCUUGACCUAAACCUAUCUCCUCGUAUCCACAGCCGCCGUCAUGUCGAACUUCGGAGGGUUCGGCAGCGGUAACGGCUUCGGCAGCAACACCAACAAUACCCCUAACAACACCUUUGGCAGCUUCGGGGCCAACAACACCGCGAGUAACCCAGGUACGUAUUGCCUCCUUUCGUUAGCGCAUCUCGAGUCCUCC